GGCCCCUAGCCCAGGGUCACUGGGACAAGGAUGUGCAUGGCUAUUUCGCUUCCUGAAGGGCCUGGGGGUGGCUUAGAGAUUUUUGCCCCUAGCUUUCAGUCCCUGUCAAGUCCUACACUCUGGUCUCAGUAGCCUCUUAGCUCCCCUUCAGUUCCCUUUUCCGCCUUGUAAAAUCGGUUGGAAAGUCCCUCCUGGUGUCAGUCCGCAAUCCUUUCCCCCUGAUUUGCAGCUCUGCUGCUUUAGGAGAGGCUUCCACUGACAGGAGAUCCCCAAGGAAGACAAUCAUGUGCUCGUCCUGAAGCUGUCCCCUCGAGAGCCAAGGGCUACUUCAGGAGGCACCAUGUGGGGCUGUCGGCUGGGGCUGCUGUUGCUGCUGCUGGCUGGCCAGGCUGCCCUGGAAGCCAGGCGGAGUCGCUGGCGCAGGGAGUUGGCUCCAGGGUUGCACCUGCGGGGCAUCCGGGACGCAGGUGGCCGGUACUGCCAAGAGCGAGACAUGUGCUGUCGUGGCCGAGCUGACGACUGUGCCUUGCCCUACCUGGGAGCCACCUGUUACUGUGAUCUCUUCUGCAAUCGCACCGUCUCAGACUGCUGCCCUGACUUCUGGGACUUCUGCCUCGGGGUGCCACCCCCCUUCCCUCCCAUCCAAGGAUGCAUGCACGGGGGCCGCAUCUACCCAGUCUUCGGAACCUACUGGGACAACUGCAAUCGAUGUACCUGCCAGGAGAAAGGGCAGUGGGAGUGUGACCAGGAGCCAUGUCUAGUGGAUCCGGACAUGAUUAAUGCCAUCAAUCGGGGCAACUACGGGUGGCAGGCUGGGAACCAUAGUGCCUUCUGGGGCAUGACCCUGGAUGAGGGCAUUCGCUACCGCCUGGGCACAAUCCGCCCAUCUUCCUCUGUCAUGAAUAUGAAUGAGAUUUAUACGGCGCUGGGCAGAGGGGAAGUACUACCUAGGGCCUUUGAGGCUUCCGAGAAGUGGCCCAACCUGAUCCAGGAGCCACUGGACCAGGGCAACUGUGCAGGCUCCUGGGCUUUCUCCACAGCAGCUGUUGCAUCUGACCGGGUCUCCAUCCAUUCAAUGGGACACAUGACACCCAUCCUAUCACCACAGAACCUGCUGUCCUGUGAUACCCACCACCAGCAGGGCUGCCGAGGUGGGCGUCUUGAUGGUGCUUGGUGGUUCCUGCGGCGUCGAGGGGUGGUAUCUGACAACUGUUACCCAUUCGUGGGCCGUGAGCAGAAUGAAGCCGGUACCAGUUCUCGAUGUAUGAUGCACAGUCGAGCCAUGGGGCGGGGCAAGCGCCAGGCCACUUCCCGCUGCCCCAAUGGUCAGGUUGAUUCCAAUGACAUCUACCAGGUCACGCCUGCCUACCGCCUAGGCUCCGAUGAGAAGGAGAUCAUGAAGGAGCUAAUGGAGAAUGGCCCUGUUCAAGCACUCAUGGAAGUACAUGAGGAUUUCUUCUUGUACCAGAGUGGUAUCUACAGCCACACACCUAUAAGCCAGGGGAGGCCGGAGCAGUACCGCAGACAUGGGACUCACUCAGUCAAGAUCACAGGGUGGGGAGAAGAGAAGCUGCCAGAUGGAAGGACGAUCAAAUACUGGACUGCUGCCAACUCGUGGGGCCCGUGGUGGGGUGAGAGGGGCCACUUCCGAAUUGUGCGUGGCACCAACGAGUGUGACAUUGAGAGCUUCGUGCUAGGCGUCUGGGGCCGUGUGGGAAUGGAGGACAUGGGGCAUUAAUGAGUG